AUGGUAUCCCUGAACUUCAUCAAGGAAACUGGCAAUUCAUUUUUCGAAGAUAAAAUCCGAAAAACGGACUUUGUUCUUGUGGUUUCGAGAGUUAGUGCACACGAAAAUGAAAAGAUCAUAACGAAAUACCUUAAGAACGCCCAAGCUGCUGGUUUAGAGAUGGAACAAGUUUAUGGAAUCACCGAGCCUGUGGUGUUUAUUAAAAUUCACUUGCCACAAGAAACGUACGACUAUCUGGAUACUGCGUGGCCUUUAUGGAAUAUAACAAGAAAUGUAAAACAUAAAGUAAUGAAGCGGCGAUGGUAUCGAAAUCAUUUGUCUUACAUGGACCCCAGAAUGGGAGUGGAUUAUUUAGGAAAAGUCUAUUUCAUAGCGAAACUAUUAAAUAGAACGAAAUAUGGCAAACGGGUAAUGGACAAGGGUAUAAAUAAACUCUUAAGCAAAAAAAUAUUCUUACACGCCUUUCCAUUACAUGACGGUGGCGUGGAGAGUUUCGAUCUUCCCGAUCAGAAAAUGAACGACUUAACGUUACUGGCGAAAUAUUGGGAUAAUGUGCCAGCACUUUUUAAAGAACCACCACUUGAUAUGAUAAAAAAGUACUACGGUUUAGAAAUAGCAUUUUACUUUGCGUGGCUAGGUUUUUACAAAAGAAUGCUCAUCUUUCCCUUGAUUUUGUCCAUUUGCACCCUAUUGGCAAUAUUUGUAGAGUAUGUGUUCAUGUUUGAAGAAGAUUUUAAGAACUUGUGCCGCGCCGAAAAAAUAAGAAUGUGUAGGUACUGCAUUCAAUCAUGGAAGUUGUGCGAAUUCGAUGACUUGUACGAACAGUGUGUGUCAAUGAAAAUCAGCUUAGUGGUGGAUAAUAUUGUGCCUUUCACUUAUGGUUCAGUCAUGUCGGCCUGGGCGGGAGUCACUGUGGGGUUAUGGAAACAGCGGGAGAAGUAUCUCAGAACGCGAUGGAAUGUAGGGCGGGAUGAAAUUCAACUCGAAGAGAGAUUCGAGUUUAGAGAUGAAGUUAUUUUUCGACGUAAGUCUAAAUUAACUGGCUUCACCGAAGCCUUCAAGCCCAUGAGUUACUCGUUGUUCCUAUUCAUAGGAUGUUUUCUUCUUACGGCUGUGGUGUGUCUAUCGCCAAUACCAAAAAUAGUAGGCGGAAUCGAUUCUUUAAACCAAAUACUCCUUUGGUUCACCUGCAUCAGCGUCCUCUCCAAUUCUAUGGCAUCUGUCAUUACGUCGCAUUUUCUCGCACUGUUAAAUUACAGAAUAUCAAGAGGUACUUUUGUGGGGUUCUUUGAAAAUGCGCUCUCCCAAUUUGCUGUCGAAGAUAUGAUGGGUGAUGCUUUUCGUAAUGAAACUUGUUGGUACCGAGACUUGAGGUUUGGUCCCUACGCAGGGGAUAGAAAAUAUGAACAUGAUCCCAAGUAUUUCCAGCAAAUGUAUACCAACUGCAUGUAUGUAGGAAUCCAGCAGUUUUCUGUGAUCACUCUCUACUACAUUUUUAACAAGGCCGUCGAGUUAUACCAGGAGAUGACUACUGAAAAAUAUGACGAAAAGUAUGACAUUUUAGAUCAAACGAAAAAUUAA